AUGUUCUCCGUCAUAAUUCCGGGCAGGCCCUGCCUUACAGACAUCGUCGCCGUCGAUGCGCAACCAGGCGGGCAAGCUACGAAAUUCGCUUUUAAUUUCCCCCUCGCGCCUUCAUUCUCCGAGAUUGUCGUUUUUUGCCUCCCGGGCACGGUUUUACCACAGGAUACCGCUGCCGCGAUCUAUAUUCAGUACCCCGGUUCCGAAUUCCGGUUCAUCGGAGCUCUGGCAAACGAGAAGCCUUCUUCAGUUAUCAAAGCGCGCCCACCACGGCGAACGGAAGCCGAGGAUGAAGAUCAGAUGCUCGACGAAGGAAAUUCGGGGAAUGCGGCGAAUAACAGCGCCGCCGUGACGUUGGGGAUAUCAAUCGAACCCGUUCAGGUUGUUGCGCCGCAACUUGCGACGCUGGAGCAGGAAAGGGGAGAAAAUAAUGGCAAAUCGACGGAUCUUGUACGGCAAACGCCACAGCAAAAGGGGAUUACUACGAAAGUGCUAGCGCAGCGGAUUAUCGGGAAUGCGUUUAAUUUCCUGGCGAGCUUUGCAGAGUCGGAUUCCUCGGGACGAGGACAGGAGCUUGUCCCGAUGAAGGCGUUUCAGGACUGGUGGACCAAGUUUGAGAGGCGGAUUACUGUCGAUCCGACGUUUUUGGAGAAGGAAGAUCCCGGUGCGAGCGGUUGA